GUUGACACUUUCUCAUUAUCUUCAGGUGCUGAUGCGGAGUUCAGUGACCCUCCCCUUUUUGUUUCCAUUCUACUUGGUAAAGAUUCACCCACAUGUGGUUCUUUACGUCAACCAUGCCAGACUCUUUUCCAAGCACUGAUAAAAGUCGUGGACGGAGGAAAGAUCUUCCUUGAUGGAAGGCACAGUGAGUUACGUCCAUACAACUGUAGAAAAAGAAUUGGAAAAAAAGAACGCUUAGUGGAGUUCAUGCGCGUAAGUUUAACAAUACAGGGCUGGCUUACGAAGGCGCAUAUUUCCUGCAAACUACGUUAUGGUCUAGUUUUUGAACAUGAAAAAAAACAACUUUUGCGGAUAACUUUCUCAAACCUUGUAUUCCAUAACAAGGCAUUCGUUUUAAACAAAGUGAGUUGCUUCAAUAUUGCUAUUAGUAAUUGUAAAAUUAUCAACAGUUCCGCGGCGGUUGUUGUUGUACAAGGAGAAUCUAGAAUCUGCACCAAUUCUUCAAUUGUUAUCUCCGAUACUGAGUUCCUGAACAAUACCCAAUCGCUCAUUGCCAAUUUGUCAAAUGGAAUUUUCACUCUUAAAAUCUCCAGAAGUGUAUUUCACGACAGGACUGGUCGGUUCAAAGUAACUUCAGAGGACAGAAAUAGUACCGGCGCCGUGUACAUUAAGGCACCCACCUUGAGAAAUAUGGUGUAUGUAUCGUGCUUUGUUACAGAUUCUAUCUUUCGCGAACUUGGUCACAAAUUGAAUGGCUUCGCUUUAUCCUUUAAAGUAAAUAACCUAUUUACCACAGGGAUGUUGACAGUAUCGAAUACCACCUUUCUCAACAACGAAAAUUCUAUAUUUGUAUAUGGUGGAUUUGACGUUCGACUAGAUCAGGUGACCAUUGACUCUACUUAUGGAUAUGCUUUUGCUGCCAGUGGUCCUCCAAACCUGUCGCCUAACGUUUCUGAUAUAAAGGUUUCUUUACAUCGUUGUCUACUGCGGAACAAUAGAGUUGGUGUACGAAUGACAAUAGUACCUUGUCUAGAUGUACUCACUUGUGCACCAAGCAGCCAGUCACUAUUUAUUAAUGACACUCUUUUUGAAGGAGGCAGUGAAACGCGCGGUAUCGGUGACGCAAUCAGGUUUUCAUUGCAGGUAACAGGCAGGUCACUCCAAAAACAUUUCAUUGAGGCGAGGGUAAUUCUGUACAACGUUACCUUUCAAGGAAUUCACAACGGCGUAAUGUACGUAACCAUGCAAAAGAAUGUAAAAGGACUAAUAUCCAUAAAGAACUGCAAGUUUAUAAACAAUUCCCAGUUUGUAUACCGAUUGGAUAACCGAGCAACUGUAGGUGUUGAAUUUCCCGACGAAGAUCCUCCAAAAUGUCUCAAAGAGAACAACCGCAGCAAAGUCUUCUGGAAUGACACAUUCCAAACACCUGUGACAAUUGAAAACAGCAUAUUCGAGAAUAACGUCGGUAUCUCAGGAGCACUGAAUUUUCUUAAUGGAAACGUCACUUUGAGAAAAUGCACGUUCAGAAACAAUGAAGGCUUGACUUUAGGAGGGCAUGUCUAUCUGAAAACGGGUUACGGCAGCCUUAGCAUUGUGAAAAGCACCUUUCUUCAAACACGUUUAAACCAUAUAUCUAAAACUGGCCAACCCGGUAAAGUCCUGCGUUAUGGAUGUUUCCUGUAUUCGGAUAGCACUGGCCCAAUCAUCAUAAGAAACUCGUCUUUUAUAGCAAAGGUAAACAGAAAGCUUUAUCCUGUUCUGGCAUCUACUAAGAGCAUUUCCUUCCAAAUUGAUCGCACUUCUUCGUUACAAUGCCCGCCUAAAAGACGAGUCAAACUCGAAGUUAUUAGAACAACUGAAGGUUUUGAGUUGACCGAGGGAAGUAGCACGUGCUGGAUGAAGGCCAAUUACUUCAAACUAUUUUGCCAAGAGUGUAGUGAUAAGUUUUAUUGGCUGGAGACAGGAAUUCCAAAAGGUUUGAAUUUUAGCAAAGGAACCAAGUGCCUUAAGUGUCCUUACGGAGCAUCCUGUGAAAAUGGAAAUGUCCGGGCAAAAGCAAAUUUCUGGGGAUUAAUAGCUAAGACAACUCCUCCAACAUUGCAAUUUUUUCCCUGUCCUCUGGAAUACUGCAGUAGUCCAAGCCAGUUCAACCCUCACGAGUACAAUGCUUGUCAUGGAAACAGAACGGGCGUCCUAUGUGGUAGAUGUUCUGACGGGUAUAGCGAGGAACUCUAUUCAACUUCAUGUAGAAAGAGAAACCGUUGUAACGAUCACUGGUUUUGGGUGGUGACUUCCAUCUAUGUGCUCGUAUUUGCACUGUACUUUAUAUUCAAACCUCCUGUCUUCUCGAUAUUGUAUAAGCAGACUCUUUGGUUUAAAAAUCAACUGCAAGUACCCGAGGACAAAAUCCACGAUUCUGGUUAUCUGAAAAUUGUCUUCUAUUUUUACCAAGUAGCCGAGCUGAUGAUGAUAAGAUCUCCUGAGAAAACUCUGCAUAUGGUACCAAUUAUUCCCCCAAUUAUGGCUAUCUUUAAUUUCCAGGUUAAGACAUUGAAUGGUGGCAUUGGUUGCCCAUUUCCUGGUCUCACUGUCGUCACCAAGGAACUAUUUAUGUGUUCAAAAUUCCUGGGAACAUUGCUGUCUAUUGGUGUUAUUUAUGCCCUCCAGCGAUCCGCAAGUAAGCUCAGGUUCAUUUCCUCACCAUCACUAACACUAUAUCUCGGCGUUGUGUUAGAAACACUUUUGCUUGGUUACGAAGGACUGGCGGAUACAACACUUAAGUUGAUGCACUGUGUUCCUAUUGAGAAGGAUUGGCGUCUUUUUUUAGAUGGGAACAUCGAGUGUUGGCAGUGGUGGCAGUACUUGUUAAUCGCAUUCGCGGUUUCUUUUAUCAUCCCUCUGGUCUUGGUUCUCUUUUGGGGAUCACUGAUGCUUGCCAAGAACAAAGUGACUGCUAAGGAAUUCCUGAUAGCUUGUGCUUUGCCUUUGCCUUGCCUACUGUUGUGGCUGUUUCGGCGGUUUAGAAAGACAGAUGAUGAACAGCUUCUUUAUGCUGGAAACGAAGAUCAUGCAGAAGAAAUAAAGCAGGUCCUACACGGUCCAUUUCGCAAAGCAUCUACUGGCGACUAUGGCACCCUGUACUGGGAAAGCGUACUGACUGGCCGGAGAUUAAUUCUCUUAACUAUCCAUACAUUUACUACUGAUCCCUUGAAACGCUUCGUCUGUCUUAAUUGCGCAUGCGUUUUGAUGUUUGUUCAUCAUCUUACAAUUAGACCAUUCCGAGAGCAAAAGGCCAAUAUCUGUGAAGGCCUCUCGCUUAUGAGCUUGACAGUUAUCUGUACUUUCAGUUUGGCUGAAGCCACUUACAUCUCAGAGGGAAUAGAUCCCGCUGGACCAAUUCAAAACUUCUUUCAGGCUUUGCAAUGGAUCGAGGUAAUCGUACUUGGCUUACUGCCUGCAAUGGUGUGCGUUCUUUUUGGUUUUGCAGUGUUGUCUCAAGUCAUUCGACUGUUGUACCACUGUGUGAAAUUUCUCUUGUAUCAUACAAGAUACAAAUAUCUUUUUCAUCAAGAGAUCUCAAGGAACAGAGAGCUUCUGGUUAACUGGGACCCAGAGGAGGUCCAUGUCCUGGAUUGA